CUGAGCUGAGCUGACAGUGGAGACACAUAACAGAGCUGACUGGUGUACUAAUUUGCAAGGAUCCUGUGGACGGCUCAUUCUGGAACUGACUAACAAGACAACACUCCACUUUGAACAUAGCUUUCUUCCAAAUAGCUUUUUAAAAAUUAUUAUUAUUAUUAUUAUUGUUAUUUUUUAACUUUGAACAAACUCUGCAACAAGGAUGCUUUACCUUACUGUUAGUUUGCACCAGAUCUUUUUCACCUUGUUUGUGGUCUGCAGUACUGUGGUGAUGGCAGAUGAUGAAUGCUCACCUGUUUGCGCCUGUGCUGCCUCAUCCCCAAUGUGUCCAGCUGGUGUCAGCUGGGUGACUGACCACUGUGGCUGCUGUAAAAUAUGUGCAAGGCAGUUCAAUGAAGACUGCAGUGUUACUCAGCCCUGCGAUCACAUCAAGGGGCUACGCUGCCAAUUCGGAGCUGGAGGAGACCCAGAGAGAGGACUGUGCCGAGCUAAGGCUCAUGGUCAACCCUGCGAGUUCAACGACGAGUGGUACCAGCACAGUGAAAACUUCCAGCCCAGCUGCCAGCACCAGUGCACCUGUAUCGAUGGAGUGGUGGGUUGCAUGCCCCUCUGUCCUCACCAAGUUCCCCUUCCCAACUCGCACUGCUUACGGCCCCGGUUGGCACGGCCAGAACGCAGCUGCUGCGAGGAGUGGUUUUGUGAUGACGACAACCACAUCAGCGUAGAGACAGGAGAACAGACACACACCCCGCUGUCAGACAUUCAGCCUCUGCCAAACCACAUCAGUGCUUUGCUGCCACCCUAUCCACAGCCUCGCCAGCCAGCUGCCACUGGUGGGACCAUGUUUAGAGAGAUAACAGCAUUCCCGAAGUCUGAUUUGUUACUGGAGUCCAGCUGUUUUUCACAAACCACUGACUGGACAGAAUGCUCCACUUCAUGUGGGAUGGGAGUAUCAAGUCGUGUCACCAACAACAACCCAGACUGUCAGCUAAUCAGAGAAACCAGGCUUUGUCAGAUCCGACAUUGUGACUGGGAGCUUCCUAUGGCUAUUAAGGGGAAGAAGUGCCAGAGAACUGUUCGCCCGGAGGAGCCAGUUCAAAUCACUUUUGCUGGAUGCUCCACAGUACAGCGCUACCGCCCUCGCACCUGCGGAUCUUGUCUCGACGGCCGCUGCUGCAGGCCCUCCGUCACCCGCACUAUGCGGCUCCGCUUCCGUUGCCUGGACGGCGAGAGCUUCUUCAGAAACAUCAUGUGGAUCCAACGCUGCAGCUGCAGUAGAAGCUGUCGCACACACAGCAGGCCCUCGAGCCCUUCGCUCAGCCUCCACAAUGACAUUCACACCUUCAGGCGCUGAAGAUGAGUCAUCAGCUCUGGCCCAUAAGACCUUGCAACGAUCCCUUUUACCCCUUUAGCCCUACUAUCCCCACCCUUGGCAAUUUACCCGCUUGCACUUUAAGCUCCCUGCCAGAAUGACAUCAGUUUGUCCACAUUACAGUAGAGGUGUGUAACCUCUCCACCACCAGAGGAGCUCAGAGGAGAACACACAGUGCAGCUCCCUUAGACUGUUGGCAAAAAGCUUGUACUGAAACGUUUUGGUUUUUUUGAGCAUUUUUGUUCACUUCCUCUAUUUCCACAGAGGGUAAUAUGAUGUAGUCUCACAGAGAUGUUAAGACCAGUAACAGAAUGUUUCAAGGGAGGAUGAUUUUGUCAUGCAAUUUCAGUUAAUGAAAACUAUGACAUUUGUUUUCCAUUACAGACUGUAAGGUCUGUCUGUGUACUGUAUCAUGAUCCAUCCACUCUAAAGUGUUUUUUUUUUCUUGACAUAUGACUGUAUCUAGACUUCACUCAUACUGUAUUUGUGGAGUGAUAUUUUCGGGGAUCACCUCAUUUUUCGGGGUGUGAUAUUUUGUGUCAUUGUGUUGAAAUUGACCAUAGUGUGCUUUAUUUUUGAAGAAUGUUGCAUAUUUAAGACACGCUUUUUUUUGUUUUUGUCUGUCCA